AUGGCCCCAAUUACUCCAAAACAUUACGAUUACCUAGUCAUCGGUGGUGGCUCUGGUGGAGUCGCAUCCUCUCGUCGUGCGGCAUCCUAUGGUGCUAAGACGUUGCUCAUUGAAGGUGGCCACAUUGGUGGUACCUGUGUUAAUGUUGGCUGUGUUCCUAAGAAGGUUAUGUGGUACGCCAGUGAAGUGGCGAAGACUAUCACAGAGGCCAGGGAGUAUGGGUUUGAUGUUGACCCCAAGCUGGCCAAGACUUUCAACUGGGAGUACUUCAAGCCUAAAAGGGAUGCCUAUGUUGAGAGAUUGAACGGUAUCUACGAGCGCAACCUCGAGAAGGAGGGCGUCGAGCUCUUGUACGGUUGGGCCAAGUUUAAUGAGGAUGGCCUCGUGGAGGUUGCAAAGAGAGAUGGAACCUCAGAGACUUUCACUGCUGAUAACAUCCUCAUCGCUACAGGCGGUAAGCCAAUCCCUCCAAGCAUUCCGGGUGCAGAACAUAUUAUAGACUCCAAUGGGUUCUUCAAAUUGGAAAAACAGCCAAAGAGGGUUGCUGUUGUGGGUGCUGGCUACAUCGGUGUUGAGUUCUCCGGCUUCUUCCACGGAUUGGGAUCAGAGACACAUUUAAUCAUUAGAGGCGAUACAUUCUUGAGAAAGUUUGACGAGAGCAUCCAAACCACUCUUACAGACUACUAUACAAAGAUUGGCGUCAAUGUCCACAAGAAGACCCAAGUGAAGUCCGUUGAAAAGUUAGCUGACGGCGCUCUCAAGCUUACAUUCGACACUGGCUCCACAUUGGAGGUGGACUCGGUAAUCUGGACCGUCGGACGCCAUUCUUAUCUCGGCCUUGGACUGGAACACGUUGGUGUUAAAGUUACAGACAGGGGACUGAUUGUUGUUGACGAGUACCAGGAGACCACUGCUAAGAACAUCUUCUCCCUCGGUGAUGUCACAGGUGAGGUUGAGUUGACUCCAGUGGCCAUUGCAGCAGGCAGAAAGCUCUCCAACAGAUUGUUCGGCCCAGAACAGUUCAAGGAUCAGAAGCAGGAUUACACCAACGUGCCAUCUGCUGUUUUCUCCCACCCUGAGGCUGGUUCCAUUGGUCUAUCCGAAGCGGAUGCUGUUGAGAAGUAUGGUAAGGACAACUUGAAGAUCUACAAAUCAAAGUUCACCCCAAUGUACUACGCUAUGCUUGAACACAAGUCGCCAGUCAGCUACAAGCUCAUCUGUGCUGGUCCAGAGGAGAAGGUUGUGGGAUUGCACCUGGUUGGAGAUGCCUCGUCUGAAAUCUUGCAAGGCUUCGGUGUCGCUAUCAAGAUGGGUGCUACUAAGGCGGAUUUCGACAGCGUCGUUGCUAUCCAUCCAACCUCUGCCGAAGAGCUCGUCACUCUCAGAUAA